CAUCCUAGGUAUGUUCCAUUAAUCCCCUAAAUAAAGGUGUUGCAAGGUUUUUGAGUUUUUUACUAGCAUGAUAAGAGCGCGUUUCCAGUUGAGAACAAGUAAGCACAGAAGAUCUGUCGACUACAACCACCAGGGCUACGCAGGCACAAACCAUGGAAUAAAAUAUAGAUAACGGCCUGCAGCUUGGAGAAAGGCAAAAUUAAUCACACAGUUAUGCCAGGUUAAUCAGAGCAAAGACAACACUCCAAAAGCAGAACCAAGUGUCAGCAAUCCAAUAGGAAUCUCCACAGCUCCAUAUAUAUGCCACUGCCCACACACCACCUCACCCGCCAUUGAAAGAGCUUGCGGACACACAAACAGAAUCAGUGCAACAAGAUCGAUCAGCUGGCUCCACGAGCCAAGACGCACGCCAUGGUGGUGUCCUCCGCUGCGCCGGCGUGCCGGGACAUGGCGCCCUCCCUCGGCAUUCCGACGGUCGACAUGUCCGCGCCAGCGGGGCGCGCGGAGCUGUCGCGGCAGAUGGUCGAGGCGUUCGCGGAGCGCGGCUUCUUCAAGGCGGUCAACCACGGCGUGCCGCCGCAGGUGGCCGCCCGGUUGGACGCGGCCAGCGCGGUGUUCUUCGCGCAGCCGGCACCGGAGAAGCAGGCAGCCGGGCCGCCGGACCCCCUGGGGUACGGAAGCCGGAGCAUAGGGUCCCACGGCGACGUCGGCGAGCUGGAGUACCUGAUCCUCCACACGGACCCCGAGGCGGUGGCGCGCAAGGCCAAGGCCAUCGAUAGGGAGGACCCUUCACGGUUCAGCGAGGCGGUGAACGAGUACGUCCAGGCCGUGAGGCACCUCGCGUGCCAGAUUCUUGACCUGCUGGGCGAGGGGCUGGGCCUCCGGGACCCGUCGUCCUUCAGCAAGCUCAUCUCAGCCACGGACAGCGACUCCCUCGUCAGGAUCAAUUACUAUCCACCAACAGCCGCCGGCGAUGGCGACGUCAAAGGCCCGAGCUCCGUCGGGUUCGGCGAGCAUUCCGACCCGCAGAUCCUCAGCGUCCUCAGGGCCAACGACGUCGACGGCCUGCAGGUGCUCUUGCCGGACGCUCGCGGCGAGGACGCCUGGGUGCAGGUGCCGGCCGACCCUGCAGCCUUCUUCAUCAACGUCGGCGAUCUCCUUCAGGCUCUGACAAAUGGUAGACUGGUGAGCAUCCGGCACAGGGUGAUGGCUAGCACCACCAAGCCGAGGCUGUCCGCGAUCUACUUCGCGACGCCGGCGCUGCACGCCAACAUCUCCGCGCUCCCGGAGACGGUGACCGCCGACAUGCCGCGCCGGUAUAGGCCGUUCACCUGGGCCGAGUACAAGAAGACGAUGUACACGCUCCGCCUGAGCCACAAUCGCCUCGACCUCUUCAAAGUCUUAGUCCACAGUGAUGUCGAUGAAGGGGGUGAUCAAGAAUAGACAAGUUUAAAUCCAUAUCUAAGAUGAUGGUGCAUAUGGUAUAUAGAUGAUUAGAUGUAGAGUUGUAUACGAAAUUUUGUCUCUUUGGCAGCUAUGAACUGCCGAUUUGUUUGUGUUAUUAUUAUCCUGAUGGUAGUAGAAGAAUAACCGACUCAUGGUUGUGCAGAUGUAACUGUGUAGUAGUUCUAUGAAGGUAUGGUCUUGCUUUCU